AUGAGGUUUGCACCUAAUUCGUUGUGGUGUAGGGUGGUGUCUGCUAUAUAUAGUAAUGGUUCUUGUACUAAGGAGUCGGCAUGGUGGAAAGAUGUCAAAGUAGCCUGCGGUGGUGAAGGAGAGGGAUGGUUCCAGGAAGGGAUCUUAAAACAUGUACGAGCUGGUAAUGCCACUAAAUUCUGGCUUGAGGACUGGUCGGGGGUGGGCAUCCUUAGGGAGAGAUACUUCCGGUUAUAUAAUCUGUCUAGGUUGAAAGGAGCGUUUAUCUCUGACUGUGGUGUUUGGGUGCAAGGUGUUUGGAAUUGGAAGUUUGAAUGGCGUAGGCCGAUUGUUGGAAGGGAGGUGUUGUGGCUGCAAAAUUUAAUAUCUGAUCUGGCUGGUGUGAGGCUUGUGGAGAAUUCUAUGGACAAAUGGACAUGGAGUCCAAGCCCCGAUGGUGUUUAUUCAGUUAACAGCUCUUACUCUUUUUUGCAGGUUGCGGAUCUAGCGCCCCCUAAUCCUAUUUUUAAUUUAAUUUGGCAUGCAGCUGCACCGUCUAGUGUGGUGGCUUUUGCGCGGCGAUGCAUAUUGGAUCGCAUCCCUUGCUUUGAAAGUUUAUUGAAACGGCAUGUGAUUUCCUCAUAUGAUGCUGCUGUGUGCUUAUUCUGUCAGAAGGAUAUUGAGACUAGUUUCCAUCUACUCUUUUCUUGUACCUUCGCAUUGGAUGUGUGGUAUGGUUGCCUCAAUUGGCUUGGGAUUUCAUCUGCUCUACCUAUGGAGCCUCGUGCUCAUCUUCUGCAGUUCCGGUUUGGCAGUUACACUUCGCAUAAUCAGGGGUUGAUGACUAUUUGGCUGGCGGGUAUUUGGACUUUAUGGCUUAGUCGCAAUGCGAAGGUGUUCCGACAAGAGGAGGCCAUCGUAACCAAUGCGUUGGAGUUGAUUAAGUUGCGAUCAUGGCAGUGGAUUAGAACAAAAAUAACCACCUUUGGUUACUCUAUUUUUGAAUGGUAUUCAAAUCCCCUUCUGUGUAUCCAAUGCAUGUAG